GCGAAAAAGCGGCGGGGCUCCAGCUCGACUCUCGCCCAGCCCCCCACACGCCAAACCGGCCUGCCUCGGCUCAACAAGGUGGGGGGUGUCGGAGCGCGGCUGUUGCUGAAGCCCCUGUUCUCGCUCGCCUGGCAGUCUGUAGCCCCGUCGCCCUGGAAGAGAAGCCACCGGGCGGGUUUCCCUCGCGUGUUUUUUGGGAUGUUCUCUCCGGCUAAAGAAGGAGCCCUUUUCCGUAGCUUUUCGCGAUACGAGCGUUAGCCGGCGGAGGCUAAGCACAAAGGCGUUCAAUCCAGCCACCGGCCGACGUUAGCUGACGGGAGCUAGCUCGCUAACAACACAGCCGGUGAGGACGUCCCCUGCGCAGCCGUACGCGGGCUAAUCCCCGCCGAGUCGCGUUGGCUGUUUUGUGAUAUCGGUGCCGGCAUUGAGCCGUCGCCACUCAUGACUGGGACACUUGGAGCUGCGUGUGUGCAUAGCGGGCUCGACUGCGUGUUUUUCCCAGCUAGCAAGCGACGGAGCUUCGGUCGGAGCGCAGGGAUGGUGGCGGUAGCAGAAACGCGCUAACGCCGCUUCUUCGCCAGUGCGAACCAGUGAGUGGGAGAAGCGAGGAGACGCUCCAGCCUGCCGGGGGGGGGCUCUCCUCGGUUGUGUGCGAGGAUUGUCAUUCCGGAGGUGGAUGCCGCUGACAACACUCGGGACACGGAGGAGCUGACGCUGGGGAGAUCGCUAACCGACCGAGGGGAUUCAUUCUGCGUCUCUGAAAGUGGAUUUCGGCCUCUUCCUCUUCAGGGUACGUGGGAACACCGUGAAGUGAUUUGACAUUGGGGUGAGCCCCAACAACUAUUCUCUGUCCCCGCGACCUUCCCCCCCUCCGCUGCUGCACCCCCCCUCCGAUGCGGAGAUCUCAGUAGCACCGGCGACCACAUCCCCCCCACACGGCGGCCCCGGACAUGCUGAAGUGUAUCCCCCUGUGGCGCUGCAACCGCCACGUCGAGUCGGUGGACAAGCGGCAUUGCAACUUGGCGACGGUCCCCGAUGAGGUGUUCCGCUACAGUCGCAGCCUAGAAGAGCUUCUGCUCGAUGCCAACCAACUGAAAGAGCUACCAAAGCCUUUCUUCAGACUACUGAACCUACGGAAGCUUGGCCUGAGUGACAAUGAGAUCCAGAGGCUACCACCCGAGGUGGCCAACUUUAUGCAGCUGGUGGAACUGGACAUCUCCAGAAACGACAUUCCUGAGAUCCCCGAGAGCAUAAAAUUUUGCAGGGCCUUAGAGAUCGCAGACUUCAGUGGAAAUCCCCUCUCCAGAUUGCCAGAUGGUUUCACUCAACUCCGAGCGCUGGCUCACUUGGCACUCAACGAUGUGUCAUUGCAGACGCUGCCCAACGACAUUGGAAACCUGGCCAACCUGGUGACGUUGGAGCUCAGGGAGAACCUGCUGAAGUCCCUGCCCUCGUCGCUCUCUUUCUUGGUGAAACUGGAACAACUGGACCUGGGCAGCAAUGAACUGGAAGUUUUGCCCGACACCCUUGGUGCCCUCCCCAACCUGCGGGAGCUGUGGCUGGACCGUAACCAGUUGUCCUCAUUACCACCAGAGCUGGGGAACCUCCGGAGACUGGUGUGUCUGGAUGUGUCAGAGAAUCGUCUGGAGGAGCUUCCCUCUGAGAUCAACGGCCUCCUGGCUCUCACUGAUCUGCUGCUCACACAGAACCUGCUGGAGGUUGUCCCAGACAGCAUAGCUCUUUUUUUCCUUCUUGUCCAUCAGCCCCUGAGCAAUGCGUACCAUGAGUUAGCUCAGGUUUACACCACCAACAACCCGGCUGAGCUGCGCAGCGUGGUCAACAAACACAGCGAGACCUUCACACGAGACAACAACACAGGCCUGGUCAAACAGUGCCUCUCCUCCCUCUACAAGAAGAACAUCCAGCGGUUAACAAAGACUUUCCUGACGCUGUCUUUGCAAGACAUGGCGAGUCGAGUGCAGCUGUCAGGCCCCCAGGAAGCAGAGAAAUACGUCUUACACAUGAUUGAAGAUGGUGAGAUCUAUGCUAGCAUUAACCAAAAGGAUGGUAUGGUCUGCUUCCAUGACAACCCGGAAAAAUACAACAACCCAGCAAUGCUACACAAAAUUGACCAAGAGAUGUUGAAAUGUAUAGAGCUGGAUGAGAAGCUAAAGUCUAUGGAUCAAGAAAUCACAGUAAACCCACAAUUUGUGCAGAAGAGUAUGGGAUCACAGGAGGACGAAGUUGGUAGCAAAACAUCAAGUUACUCCUGAGGGGCCUUGGACAGGGACAGAACGCUGCAGCUGCCCAACACGUUCUUCCCAGGAUGAGUUGGAUUUUUUUUAAAGAGGAAAAACAUUCUAUUGCAUAAGGACAUUGGUCAAGGAAAAAAUCUAAAUGUGUGGAAUGAUGAUAAAUUUGGUUAUUCUUUCUUCACAGUGUCUUAAGGAUAACAAAAAGGUCCUUACAGAAAAGGAAAAAAGAUUACAAUUUUGUCAGUGUUUUAUUUAUCAAUGUUCAGGAUGGAGCGCCACUGCUACAUUAACAGAAACCACAAUAAUAAAAACUGGACUUUUUGUUCCAACAUAUGUGUGAAUAAUUUCACUGUUUGUUUUGGUUCUGCUGCAUGAUGGCCGUAACUCGAGAGCAUUACAUAAAAGGAAAACACCUCUAUGGCUGACAAGGAAUAAAUCUGAUAUACUCUACAUUUGUAAAGACUGCAACGAUCGUUUCCCUCACUCCUUUGGUUAGAAUGUAGAUAUCAUCAAUAGUCAAAUCUGUACACAUGUACAUGCCCUUGACCAAAUUCGGCACAGCGCAGGAGUCGUUCACAAUCUGGUGCACUGUUUUGUUGUUUUUGUUGUUUUCCUUCCUUUUCUCUUUUUGUUUGUUUUUUAGGUGGGAUCCACUAGAGGUCGCUAGAGCAUUGUACAGAACCCCGUUUUGACAGCUUGUUAUUUACAGGAGACGUGAAGUCAGCAGAUGAAACCAAUGUCAUGUCAUUUGGGAGCUUGAGCUUUUGCGAUUGUGGAUCUGUUAAUAAUAAAUUGUUUACGAAUAUA